AUGGCCACCUCUCAAAGCACAGGGAUAACCCCAGCCUCGUCGGAAAGUCUCGAAUCGGACCUCCUCGCGCACCUGGCCUCCACCACGGCGCUAGAUGAUCUUCAUGCGACCCUCCUCUGCUCCCUGCAACGCAUGGGCUGGACGGAAAAGGUUCGGAAACUAUCGCAGGAGCUCCUGCGCGGUGGACGAUGCGAGCGAUUUGAUGAUGUUGUUGAGGCCGUGGUUGCGUCCGCGGAGGGACGGAAGCAUCCAUCACUAGCAGGCUUGGACAAUGUGAACGAGGAGGACAAGAAUAGCAACGGCGAUGCGGACGGGUACUUUGAGAAAGUGGAUGUGCGGAUCCCGGAGGCGGUGGUUGAGCAGGGGGUGAGGGCGAUUAAAGAGGUAUUGCGCGAGGUGGUGGUGCUCGAUGAUGAUUCAGAUCUGUUAGACCACCAUGAUUCGCACCAUCACGCUGGUGAUGGGAAGCAGGAGGGCGGCGGUGAAACGAAGACCAAACCAUCCAAGUCGUCCAAGACAGGGGACCAGUCACUAAAGAAUGGUGAUACAAGCCCUGUUAAGAAGACGGAUAAGAAGCCGAAGCCUGGAAAACAGGGUACAUCUGGCUUUGGCAUUCUUGUUUGGAUCACUUGUCAUGGGUCUUCGGGCGAGAUUGGUGUUUAG